AUGGAAAAUACGCAUCAUCCCUUGUAUCCUCAAAGCAACGUUUCAAAAUUUAGUGGCUAUGAGCCUGACAAAUACGCUAUUGAUGAAAUCUCUCUCACUGUGAAAACAAAUGAAUGUUUGACCCCAGGCAGACCUCCGACCCUAACUCAAAACACUGUGGGGAAAUUUCUUCAACCAUUAACAAGAGCUUUGGUGGAAGUACCUCCUAGACCGACUAUAGACGAAUUACCAGACGCAGUAAUAGAUAGAAUGGUACAAAUGGAUAAAGCAUUCUGGGUUGAUAAGCCUGGUGACAAUGCGUAUACACUCCACGAUGCGUACUACAAUUAUGGGAUGACUACUGAGAAAGUGUUACCUCCGCACCAGGAUGUCUUCCCUCGGUCGUAUCAAUUCGACUUGGAUUGCGUCAAGUACCGGCGACUGCAUGCAUGUGACAAUUUCAAACCGACUGAGGAGGCGUUGAAGAAAUAUACCUCGUGUCGUGAUUGUCAUCAUGUCAAGAUGUCGGAUUUGAUGGGGUCAAAAUCGACGUUUGAACAAGAUACGGGGCAGAAGCGCUGGAGGCAGUACCCUGAUGUUAAGGCUACCUUAUCUCCUCAGCAAAUACGUGAAAUGAUGAAAGAAGUUGGUCGUCCAUUUCAGAACGAGGCAUGUAACUGGUAUUAUACAAACUACCCUCCAGUUAAAUAUAAUUGUAUAAUGCGAAAAUUUUCUAAAUAA